GACGUCGACGUCGAACAAAACACAACAAGAACUUGAAUUUCCUCACAAUGCCAGCUGACGACUACGACCGUUCGGGGUACCGUGAGGACCGUGACCGCUAUCGGCCUUCGAGGCACGACGACGAUCGCCGGAGAGACCAUCGGAGUGACCGGUAUGGGGACAGAGAUGAUGGCAGGAGACAUGAUAGGGAUAGGGACAGGGACCGUGACAGGGAUAGGUACCGCGGGAGGGACUAUGACGACGGAGGAAGGCAUUCGCGGCACGACGACGAUGGUGGUCGACGCGACAGACGCAGACGCGAUGAUGAUGGUCACCACCGCGGGAGGGACGACAGGGACGGUGGAAGGCGACGAGGAAGACGAGAUGGAACCCCGGAUCGAAGGUCGCCAACCCCAGAAGGCUGUGUUCCGCUUUCGCAACGGAAACGAAAGGCGUCGGGAUGGGACGUGCACGCUCCUGGUUAUGAGCAGUACACUGCUCUGCAGGCUAAACAAACUGGUCUUUUCAACCUUCCCGGAGCUAACCGCACCCAGAUACCACCAAUCCUCGGAGUCCCAGGUCUUCCUCCCCCAGUACCCGUGCCUACCUUUGGUAUGGGCAUGGGUAUCAAUCCCAACCUCUCUCGCCAAUCUCGCCGACUGUAUAUUGGAAGCAUCACGCCAGAUGUCAACGAACAAAACUUGGCUGAAUUCUUCAACAAGAAGAUGGCCGAAAUGAACAUUGGCACCGGAUCCACUGGAAACCCUGUCCUUGCUGUGCAAUGCAACUAUGAAAAGAAUUACGCCUUUGUGGAGUUCCGUAGUGCAGAUGACGCUACUGCAGCAAUGGCUUUCGACGGUAUCAUUUUCAUCAAUGGUCCUCUGAAGAUUCGCCGACCAAAAGACUACGGCGGCGAGGUUGUCACUGGCUCACCCGGCAUCCAUGUCCCUGGAGCAGUAUCUACCAAUGUCCCCGACUCGAUCAACAAGGUCUUUGUCGGCGGUCUUCCCACAUAUCUCAAUGAAGAGCAGGUCAUGGAACUGCUCAAGAGUUUCGGAGAACUCAAGGCUUUCAACCUCGUUCGUGAGAACGGCAAUGGACCGUCAAAGGGCUUCGCAUUCUUUGAAUAUGUGGACAGUAGCGUCACCGAUGUCGCCAUUCAAAGUCUCAAUGGCAUGGAACUCGGUGACCGAUACCUUGUUGUGCAACGUGCCUCUGUCGGGGCUAAACCAGGUGCACCCGGACUCCCCUACGAUCAGUUCCCAGAUAUUCCUCGGCCCAUCAUGCCUGCUGGCGCAGAAGUCACCGACGCACGGAUUUUGCUCAUGCUUAACAUGGUCACCCCCGACGACCUUAUCGACGAUGAAGAAUACGGCGAUCUUUACGAAGACGUCAAGGAGGAAUGCUCGAAAUAUGGAGAGGUGGAAGACUUGCGUAUUCCCAGACCCGUCAAGAAGGACAAGGCCAAGUGGGGUGAAGGGCAGAUCAGCGCUCAGGAUGCGCAGAGAAUUGACGAGGCUGCUGGUGUUGGGCGUGUCUAUGUCAAGUACGCUGACACAGAGGGUGCGAACAAGGCACUGAAUAGUUUGGCUGGGAGGUCGUUCGCUGGUCGGUCUAUUAUUGCUACUCUCUUGAGCGAGGAGAGUCAGACUACGCCACCUCUCAACAUCAUCUUCGCCCCGCAACCUGAGGCACCUCCCCCUCUCCCUGCUGAUGAGUAA